AUGCGCUUCUCUUGCUUAGCAGUCGUCCUUCAAAGCGCCAGUAUCUUCGUGACGACUCUUGGCGCUCACACGACGAGACACAUUGAUGAGAAAUCUAAGGCAUUCGAUUGUGGCGAACAGGUAUUGAAGCAAGAAAAUUAUGCAGGGCUAGAAAAAUCGGAAAUAACGCCAAUGGAGAUUCCCCUCUCCUGGAACUUGAGGGAAGGAUUCAGAAGAGCGAUGGAGGAUACGAUUGACGAGAGAAUCGUUUUGUAUGGUGACAGCGAGCACAAAAAGUUGAAAUUUUUCAAAUUGAAUGCAUUAUCGAAAGACUACGAGGAAGAUAAUUAUAUUGUAUACAAGAGAUACUACCUCAUUCUCGAUCAAAGUAAUCGUGUGAGUGGUAUAAUAGAGAGGAAAUAUGAAAUUUACCUCGGAUCGAUUUGGCAAAACCCACCACGAGAAAAAUUCUGGAUGUGCAAAGUUGGCUCAGGAGAUACUCAAGACCUCUCGGUGUGA